CCCGCGUCGUCCGGUUGAAGUGUCGCGUCACAAGUGACGAAAGAGCGGGAACGCAGGCAGCAGAGUGACAGGCAGACACCCAAGAAAGUACCAAUGUUGGUGUCCAAGAGUACUUUCGCGUCGAUUACUUAAACAUCGCCCUUGGCUGCUUUUCUUUGACGCAUUUUAUGACUUACGACUCUUUAACACAUUCACAAUGGCUGACGAGGAUCAAGUUCGCGGAGACGACCAGAUUGAUGAGGAGGAGGAGGAGAUCGACGAGAGUGGAUACAAAACAGUGAAAGAUGCCGUUCUUUUUGCCAUCGAAGUCAGCGAUUCUAUGCUCACGCCUCGUCCAUCUUCCGAUUCAAAGAAAUCUGCGGACGAGUCCCCCACAACGGCCGCACUAAAAUGCGCAUAUCAUCUCAUGCAACAGCGCAUUAUCUCUAAUCCCCGUGACAUGAUCGGUGUGCUAUUAUAUGGGACGCAGGCGUCUAAAUUCUAUGACGAAGAUGAAAACAGUCGAGGAGACCUUUCAUACCCACACUGUUACCUUUUCACAGACCUAGAUAUUCCCUCUGCGCAAGAAGUCAAGAAUCUUCGAGCACUGGCACACAAUGAUGAUGAGUCGGAGGAUGUACUUAAGGCGUCAGACGAGCGGGUCUCAAUGGCGAAUGUGCUCUUUUGUGCCAACCAAAUAUUCACGUCGAAAGCCCCUAACUUCUUGUCUCGGCGAUUGUUCAUAGUCACCGAUAAUGAUGAUCCUCAUGGCAAUAACAAAAGCUUGCGAUCCGCUGCAACUGUACGUGCGAAGGACUUGUACGACCUCGGUGUCACUAUUGAGCUGUUUCCGAUUUCUCGGCCAGACCAUGAAUUCGAUACUGCCAAAUUCUAUGACGACAUCAUCUACAAAGCUUCUCCUUCGGAUCCAGAUGCCCCAGCAUACUGGCAAACUGAUUCCAAAGCUUCUCCAGCUACCGGAGAUGGGAUAUCCCUACUCAAUACCCUUUUGUCCAGCAUCAAUUCGAGAUCUGUCCCACGGCGUGCGCAGUUCUCCAACAUACCAUUGGAGCUUGGACCGAACUUUAAAAUCUCUGUCUCGGGAUAUCUUUUGUUCAAGCGUCAGGCACCUGCCAGAAACUCCUUCAUCUGGCUCGGCGGCGAACAACCCCAGAUUGUGAAAGGAGUGACCACUCAAAUCGCUGAUGACACAGCUCGCACCAUUGAAAAGUGGGAAAUCAAGAAAGCUUAUAAGUUUGGCGGUGAUCAGGUUGCCUUCACGCCCGACGAGAUGAAGUCACUGAGGAACUUCGGUGAUCCUGUCAUCCGUAUAAUUGGGUUCAAGCCUCUUUCUGCACUUCCAUUCUGGGCCAAUAUUAAACACCCCUCCUUCAUCUACCCAUCGGAAGAAGAUUUUGUUGGCUCUACACGAGUCUUUUCUGCAUUGCACCAGACACUCCUCCAGGAUAAAAAGGCCGCACUUGUCUGGUUCAUUGCGCGUAAAAAUGCCAGCCCAGUCCUGGGGGCUAUGGUCGCUGGAGAAGAGAAACUAGAUGAGAGCGGCGUCCAGAAGUUCCCUCCGGGAAUGUGGAUAAUACCUCUGCCGUUCGCUGAUGACGUCCGUCAGAACCCCGAAACCGCACUCCAUGUUGCACCUGAGCCAUUGAUCGAUCAAAUGCGGUAUAUUGUCCAGCAAUUACAACUUCCGAAGGCGUCUUACGACCCCUUCAAGUAUCCUAAUCCAUCCCUGCAAUGGCACUAUCGCAUUCUGCAAGCCCUGGCGUUGGAUGAAGACCUCCCGGAGAAGCCAGAAGACAAAACAGUGCCACGAUAUCGGCAGAUCGAUAAACGUACCGGCCACUAUGUAUUGUCUUGGGCCGACGAAUUGGAAAAGCAAUACGCGAAAAUAUCGGCACAUGGCCCGAAGAGCACACUCGUCAAACGAAGCGCCAAAGACCGCACAUCUGACGUCGAAGAUGCAGCCCAGAAGUCAUACAAGAAAGCGAGGGUGGAGACAGACGAGCAAGGCGUUGAAGAUGUAGUGCGAUCCCAUUAUCAGAAGGGUUCUCUAUCGAAGCUUACGGUACCUGUCCUUAAAGACUUCCUGAAUGCCCACGGACGCUCUGCUGCUGGGAAGAAAGCUGAUCUCGUUGAGCGAGUGGAGGAGUACCUAGAGCAGAAGUGAAGCGACGCUAGUAUUGGUUACCAGAGACACACUUUAGCAGAUAAGGUU